GCUGAAGAAGUUAAUGCUGGUUCUGAUAGAAAGGUGUCAGAAUACACAGUGCAUCACAGUUUGUUGUGUAUGGGGCUGCAUAGCCGCAAUGGAAGAAGGUGGUCUGGUCUGAUGAAUCGUGUGCGUCGCUCUCCUGGGGAACACGUGGCGGAGGCCGAUCCAUGGAGGAGUUAAAGGAUCUGCUGCUAACAUCUUGGUGACAGAUACCACAGCACACCUUCAGGGGUCUAGUGGAGUCCAUGCCUCGACAGGUCAAGGCUGUUUUGGCAGCUAAAGGGGGAACAACAGUAUUAGGAAGGUGAUCGGUGUAUAUUAACUGACUACGUAUUUACUGGCCCAUAUCUAAAGCAGAAUGGCAUCACGUCCCUCUCAACAUGCACGCAGCAAACCUGAAGAGGAAAAUGAUCCGGUUGAUAAAAUGAUCUCUAGGACAGGUUGUGCUGCACUGCAUUAUGCAGUUCAGGAGUGCAUGGCGGAGCAACAGGAUUGGAGAAAAUGCCAAACGCAGGUUAAGGUCUUUAAAGAGUGCAUGGUUCAGUUUCAAAAUGCUUCCAAAGAGCAGCUGUUAAAACAAUAAAAAAAGAUUCAGCCCUAGAGGCUGUCUAAUAAAACAAUGUAUAUAUAUAUGUAAAACUGGAGGAGUGUAUCUAAUAAAGACAUUUUUAAGACA